UGCGGACGCCGUCGCGAGCAGACGUGACGUCACCCAGUGCAGCCAGCGACGACGCCUACGGUCAGGCGGCGGCGGCGGGCUUCCGCGAGUGGGACGGGAAAAACCCGUGAGCAGCGGACCGGCGUCCUAGCGCGCAGAUUUCGGAGGCGGACAGUUGGGACGCGUGGCGCCAGACGCUGAGAAAGCCGAAGAAGUCGAGGAAUGUGAGCGAAGGUCGUGAUGGGACCCAUGCUGCCGCCGAUCGUCACAGCAGUAAUACUGCUCGCCGCGCUCCAAGCGGCCUGCGUGGGCGGACUGAAGCUGCUGCGGCUGCAGGUGCCGCAGUACAAGCUGCGCGGCGACCAGGCGCUGCUGCAGUGCCUGUACGACCUGGAGGACGACGCGCUCUACUCCGUCAAGUGGUACAAGGACGACGAGGAGUUCUACCGAUACGUGCCGCGCUCACACCCGCCGCAGCACAGCUACAAGAUCGACGGCGUCAGGGUGGACCACCAACGCUCGGACGACAAGAAAGUGGUGCUGCACAACCUCAAUCUCAAGUCCUCGGGCGACUACCGGUGUGAGGUGUCAGCCGAGGCGCCGUCGUUCGCCUCUGCGCAGGCUGAGGGCCACAUGGACGUCGUCGCUCUUCCCAAGGACGGGCCGCACAUCUACGGCGAGGAGCGGCUGUACCAGGUGGGCGACGAGAUCAGCCUCAACUGCACAUCCGGCAAGUCGCACCCGGCGUCGGAGCUGAAGUGGUUCAUCAACGACCAGCAGGUGCCCGACGACGAUCCGCGGCUUGAGGUGUUCCCGGAUGAGCGAGACGCGCACGGCCUGGUGUCUUCGUCGCUGGGCCUGCGGUUCGCGGUGUCGGGCGCGCACUUCGUGUCGGGCUCCAUGAAGCUGCGCUGCGUGGCGGAGGUGGCGCCGGUGCUGUGGCAGGGCGACAGCGAGAGCGUCGUGCAGAGGGUCACACCGCCCCCCAACACCGUGCGGGAAGCGCUCUUCCUCGUGCGCGGUCGGUCGUCGCGACCCCUGGCCGCCGCCGCCGCAGUGGUGACCUCGCUGCUCAUCAGUGCCGUCACGUGACUGCUCGCAGUUUCGCCGCCGUCGGCGCCACCACCGCCGACGCGCCACUGUCGUCUGUGAUAACCCCCGAAAACAACACCCUCUCGUCUCACGCGACCUGUACCUUGCCGUUGUCGCCUACGUUCUCCGUGCUCUUCGACGUCUAGCCUAAAGACACCUUGUGUGUGUGUGUGUGUGUGUGUGCGCGCGCGUGUGUGUGUCUGUGUGUGUGUGUGUGUGUGUUCAUGUGCGUUUGUGUUUGGGAGUGUGUGCGGUGUGUGUGUGUGUGUGUGUGUAUGUGUUCAUGUGAAUUUGUGUUAAGAGUGCGUGCGUGUGUAAGCUAAUUUUAUGCGAGCGAUAUUUUUUUGAUAUAUGUGUGUUGUGUUCUGAUCGUGGUGGUUUGUAACGUCUUGUACUGCGAGAAGAAAAAUAUGAAUAUAUAUAUAUAUAUAUAAAUGUAUAUCUAACUGUUAAAUAUUUCAUUCGUGCUGAUCUAUAAAGUGCUAUGACUUUCAAAGUACUAGUUGUUGCAAAAUGUUUUUAUUAUUUACUCAGAAUGUUGAAGCUUUCAGGAACAAUUGUUUGUAACUGUAACUAUUUUACCACACUAACAAAACAUUAAUUUGAAAUAUGCAUUAAAAUAAAUGUUGAGACGAUUAAUAAUGUAAGUGUUUCAGGCUUUUGUGUGAAUCGAUGUGUUACAGUUAUGGAAUCACACUCUAUUG